AUGGCGACCAGCCCGUCCGGAGCGCCCGUCUCCAUCGUCUGCGUCGGCAUGGCCGGCAGCGGCAAGACGACCUUCAUGCAGCGCAUCAACGCCCACCUGCACCAGAAGAAAGAGCCGCCAUACGUGAUCAACCUCGACCCGGCCGUGCGCAACGUGCCCUUCGACAGCAACAUCGACAUCCGCGACUCGGUCAACUACCGCGAGGUCAUGAAGCAGUACAACCUCGGCCCCAACGGCGGCAUCAUCACCUCGCUCAACCUCUUCGCCACCAAGAUCGACCAGAUCCUCGCCCUGCUCGAGAAACGCACCGCGCCCCCUCCCCCGCCCGCCGAAGGGGAGCCCGCGCAGCAGCAGCAGCCGCAACACAAGCCGAUCAAGAACAUCCUCGUGGACACGCCCGGCCAGAUCGAGGUCUUCGUGUGGAGCGCCAGCGGCGACAUCCUGCUGGGCUCGCUGGCGUCGAGCUUCCCCACCGUGAUCGCGUACGUCAUCGACACGCCGCGCACGGCAUCGACGAGCACCUUCAUGAGCAACAUGCUGUACGCGUGCAGCAUCCUCUACAAGACCAAGCUGCCGAUGAUCCUGGUCAUGAACAAGACGGACGUCAAGGACGCCGAGUUCGUCAAGGAGUGGAUGACGGACUUUGAGGCCUUCCAGGCGGCGCUGCGGGACGAGGAGAACGGCGGCGGUUUCGGCGGCAUGGAGGGAGGUGAGGGCCCGAUUGGCGGGGGCAGCGGCUACAUGGGCAGUCUGCUGAACAGCAUGAGUUUGAUGCUCGAGGAGUUUUAUCGGCAUCUGAGCGUUGUUGGCGUGAGCUCGAUGACGGGUGCCGGCAUAGACGAGUUCUUCGAGGCAGUGACGGAGAAGGCGGCCGAGUUUGAGCGGGACUACAAGCCCGAGCUGGAGAGGAGGCGGGAAGACCGUGUGAAGGAGAAGGAAGAGAGACGCGAGAAGGAGCUUGACAAGCUCAUGAGGGAUAUGAGCGUCGGUGGGGCCUCGAACAAGACGCCCAGCAAAGCUAAGAGUAAAGGAAGGAGGAAGGAAGAGCCGGAGACGGUCAGCGACCUCGAAGAUGAAGACGAGGACGAGGACGGGCCGGCUGCAGACUCGGAUGACUUUGUGGAGGAUGAUGGUGACGAUGAAGGCUUGCAGGACAGGUACCAGAAGGCGCUCAAGGAAGACCAUGACCGGGCUUCGGGCGGAGACGACAUGAGCUUUGCGCGCUAUGUCACGCAGGCUCGCAUGGGUUGA